AGAUCCUCUGCAGAGUAAAGAGGAACCCUUCUACUGUUUGCAGUUUGAGUCUGGGUGUCAGAGAUCUUAAAUGGCUGAGGAGGUUUUAAUUCCGUCGUCAGGGAAAAUCACAUCGCAGCUGACUGGCUCUUUGUUGGCAGUGGCAUUCCUUACCUCCUUCGGGAGCUCCAUGCUUUAUGGCUACAAUCUGGCUGUGGUCAACUCUCCUGCUGUGUACAUAAAGGACUUCUACAACAAGACAGCAGUGAGUCGUAAUGGAACAGGACUCAGUGGGGAGACCCUGACCCUCAUGUACUCUCUCACUGUGUCUGUCUUUGCUAUUGGAGGUCUGGUUGGCUCCCUCGUCGUGGGCAUGCUGGUCACUCGCUUCGGCAGGAAAGGCACAGUGGUAAACACAACAGUGCUGGUCUUUAUUGCUGGCUCACUCAUGGGCUUUAGCAGGAUUUGUAAUUCACCUGAGAUGGUCAUCCUUGGCCGCUUCAUCACAGGAAUUCACUCAGGAAUCUCUCUCAGUGUUGUACCAAUGUACCUGGGUGAGAUAGCACCUAAGAACCUCCGAGGCUUCCUGGGUCUCAUGCCGAGUAUCUUUAUCGGCACCGGCGUCUUCACCGCACAAAUCCUCGGCCUCCAUGAGCUUCUAGGAAAGGAGGAGCACUGGCCCCUCUUUCUUUCAGUGGUGGUGGUACCCACAUUUAUCCAACUGAUGCUGUUGCCAUGGUUCCCAGAAAGCCCAAGGUACCUGCUAAUGGAAAAACACAACGUCCACGCAACCAUUACAGCUCUGAAGUGGUACAGAGCCAAGUGUAACAUCCAGGCUGAGAUUGAAGAGAUGCAGGAGGAGCAGCGCUCCCUGUCGUCAGUGGAGACGCUGUCAGUUUGGAAACUGUUGCUGGAUGACACGGUCCGCUGGCAGGUGCUCAGCGUGGUGGUCAUCAACAUCGGCAUGCAGCUGUCUGGCAUCGAUGCUAUCUGGUUCUACACCAAUGACAUCUUUGCGAAUGCAGGUAUCCCAGCGCCUGAGAUCCAGUAUACCACAGCAGGAACAGGAAUUAUAGAGAUCAUCGCUGGACUCAUUGGGUGUUUCACCAUUGAGAAGCUGGGCCGGAGGCCUCUCAUGAUUGGGGGUUUUGCCAUGAUGGGCAUCUGCAGUGCUGGAAUUACAUUCGCUCUGGUAUUACAGGCUCACCUAUCAUUCAUGCAUUACAUCAGUGUCUGCUGUGUGGUUGGCAUCAUCGCUGGCUUCUGUAUCGGUCCAGCGGGGGUUCCCUUCCUGAUCACAGCAGAGCUGUUUAAACAGUCCCACCGCCCAGCAGCAUACAUAGUAGGAGGAUCACUCAACUGGCUGUCCAACUUCACUGUGGGCUUCGUCUUCCCCUUCUUACAGAUGUCAGCAGGGUCUUACUGCUACUUGGUUUUUGCCACCAUUUGUAUCUUCGUGGCCAUCUAUGUUCACGUUGUGAUCCCAGAGACCAAAAACAAGACCUUCAUGGAGAUAAGCAGGAUGUUUUCAAAGAAGGAGGCAGUCCUAGAGACCCAGGGGAUCCUUGGGGACCAGCUGAAGCUGAAGAAGAUGAACGGCUACGGUGGUGUUGAACAUGCUUCGCUGGAGUUCGACAGCUCUUCUUCUGUUCCUUAACUGAGCUUCUGGUCCUUGCUACUACUGCUACAAAACCAUUCAUUACUUUCUCUGCUCCAUUCCAUCCACUGGUUUGAUAUGUGCACAUUAACCAAACACCAACUUACCUGGACUAAGUGAAGCUGGACUUGAAUCACACAUAGGUUCAAAAAUUGCUGAAUGUACAGUAUGGUUCUGGUAUGAACUUAUAAGUCUCAACUUAAUCAAUUUAAUGUUUCAGUCUACUUGAGCCAUUAAAGAAAAAUUCCAGUUAAUUUAAAGUUUGGUCUUAUUGUCAGAGGUUUGGUCAUUUUUCUAAUCAAUACUAAUCAAACUGUAUUCACCAAGGUAAUAGCUGAGAUGGUUUGACAAACUUAUUUGAAGACAGUAUCUAUCUCACAUACCUGUCAACUCCAUUUUUCAUGGGAUUCUCCCAUAUUUUACCUUUCUGUCCCGCUGUCCUCCUGUUAAAAUAUUUCUCUGUUAAUCUCCCAUAUUUGCAACCUUUUGAAACAAACAAAAAAUAGGUUGGCUGUCACAUCGACAGGAGGCAUAACUGCCAAGUCCUCUGGCGGGGACAGGUGGCAGUAUGUACAACAUCAGCUGUAACAUUGAAUGCCGACAAGUCUUUCACUCAAAUAGCACCCACCAAUAAGACAACAAGAAAAAGAUGGAUGAAUUUCAGAGGGAUGGAGUACCAGCCAAAAAGGCUAAAAAUGUGUGCAAGUGUCUCACCAGAUGGGGAGGGGGCUUGAGCAAUGGAUUUUAGUCUUUUAAUCAGACAGAGGGAAAAGAAACAAAUCUGCCAAGCACAAGUGAGUCCAAGAGGCUCAGAAACAUGCUCCACCACUGACUGUAUUUACACUGUCUCUCCAUCAACUUCAUCAUCACCCUCUGCUUACAGCUGUCUCUAUUACCAGCAGCUUCUUGACAGGUAUGCUACUCACUUCCUGCUUUGCCUACUGUACUUAAUGUAGUUUACACAUACAAAGCACUGUUUUGCUGUUCAAUGAGGGAUUAGUAGCAACAUUUAAGGUGCUCUAACUUUCAGUGUGAAUUUUGAACUGUGUUUGCGUAACUGCAAUAAUAAGACAUUAUUUUUACUGAAACUGAAUUAUGCUCCAGUAAACUAAAUCAAAGCCUUCCAUGCAAAGAAAAGUAUUUCAAAGGAAAACAAUUGUUUCUUACAACAUGGCUUUUUCACAAAAAUGUGAUCAAAGACAUCAGAAAAACUGUAGUGGAUGUUUAUAGUACAGUUUGGUAAUAGUAAUACAAGCCAGACUGGUUUAUCAGAACUACAACAAUAAAAUCCAAAUUGUAAAACAGACACUUAAAGGUGGGUUGGUAUUAUUGGGGAUACAUACCUGUACCCAUUGUUUGAAUGCUAGCAAUGCUUAAACUGUAUACUUGAGUGUCUCACACGUCAGCAUGUAAACAAUAAAUACAUGUCAGGGUCGAGCUUGUGGACUAAGCAGCUCGUGGGAAAUUAUUGGGUGUGUGUGUUGAGUGCAACUGAAAUUAACCUUUUAAAAAUGCAUUUUUUAUAUAUUUUGUAUAUUGCAGUAAAAAAUGAUCUAUCAUGUGAAGUCCCAAUAUUUAUGCAUGUU